AUGUCCCGUGACUAUCGAUUAAUGCCUGACGAAGCGGACGCUGAAGUGCAGAGCAGUCUUCGAGGCUUUCUGCGAUCCUUGAAAAUUCGUUUUCCAGAAAUUCAAGUCGUUGAUCAAUUCGAGGACCGGGUCAGUUUGCGACUUCCGACCAAUUCACCCGAGAUGUUCAAAAUCACAUUGGAUGUUUUACUGGACGCUCACACAAACGGAGCGAUCGAAGACUUUACGAUCAGCAGUCCAACGUUGGAACAAGUUUAUUUUGACUUGGCAAAGUCGCAGCUCCAAGUAUGA